AUGUUGACAAAGGAUCCCAUGGCCAGGCCGCCAACUGCCGACAGUGUUGGAAACAACGCGAUGCUAGGCCUGAUGCAACACGACGACCAGGAGGCAGUCGGUGACCAUGGCGAUUCGAGCGCCUCGAGCUUUAUGAACCAUAUCAGAAGCGUCUUUGACCGGCACACGGGGGCCUUUCCAGACUCUCAGAGCACCGCAGCCACACCAAGCCAUACUCAACCAUCGGAAGGUCCAGAAUCGAGCAAAGCACGACCGUCGUUAGACUAUGUCCUCCCGCCCAGGCAACGAGCAGACUACCUACUAAAUCUCUAUUGGCGGCUGAUGGGGAAUUUGCAUACUUUCCUGGACAUCCAGGAAGUCAAAGUCAUGUACGAACGGGUAUGGACUGGAAAGGACCUUGGUGAGGAUGCGCUUACAUUCCUGUGCCUGAUGAAUGUGAUAUUCAGCAUUGCCUGCCUCCUGGACUCCUCCAUCGUCGCUGAAGAACGCGUCAAAGCGGCAGACAUCUUCUACAAACGUUCUCAAGACCUUCUAGGCCUGGAGCUCAUGCAGCGACGGUCCGUUCUCACAGUGCAGUGUUUCCUUCUUCUGGGACAGUACCUUCAGAGUACCGACAAUCCCCAGCAAUGUUGGAUCUUCGUCGGGAUAGCCGUACGUAUUGCGCAGAGCCUAGCACUCGACUUGCCCUCAACAAAUUCUGAUGUCAAAUCCAUGCAUCGAGGAAACGUGCUCCGCAUGGUCUGGCACGGUUGCGUUUUGAUGGAUCGCACCUUGUCGAUGACAUUUGGACGACCCGUCAUGAUAACCUCUCAAGCGGCAUCUGCCGUACCUCUUCCGACAAUUCACAAAUGCUCCGACUGCGACGGUUUCAAUACGCCAUACAUGGACGGUGCCGAGCAAGCCGCAUCUCCCUUUUUUCUCGAAUCUUUGAAGCUGCACGAUAUCAUGAGCAACACGCUGUUGGCGCUGUACAGCACAGCGUCCUCGCAAAAGCAAAGUGAAGGGAUGUAUGCUACCUACUUUGGCAACUUAGGCGCAAGAGCUGUCGGCAACAUCCUCCAGAUUAACAAACAACUUAGCUCUUGGGUGGACGAACUACCGGAGCACUUACGAAAUUCAUCUAAUGGCAGUAAGACUACGACGCACCGCCGUCAGACCAACAUUAUAUGGCUUCAAUACCGCCAUGUCCGCAUUCUUCUCUUUCGACCUGUCCUGUCGAGGUUUUGUUCCAAGCACGAAACUCGGACCCUGAGCCAAGGAGACCGAUUGCCGUUCAAGCUUGCGCUGCAUUGUUCUGUUUCCUGUGUGCGGACAGCCUUAGACACGAUAACCUUCUUUGAGCGAAACAUGUCAGACGUGGGACUGAAUGAACUUGAUGAUAUAUUACCUGCUUGGUGGUACAGUAUCUUCUAUCUUUACACUGCGGCCACAGUCAUGGUUGCAGCACGGUUACAUCCUUCCAUCGUUGCUGAGGUCAAGGAGAGUGUCAUUAGCAACGCUUGUCACGCGGUCAUCAAGAUAUUUGAACGAUUUCAGUGCUUCGGAGCACACGCCAAGAAAUGCGCCGCUGCUCUUCAUGCCAUCUUCGAACAGGUACAACACCAAAAUCUUGGUCAACCACAGCUCCAGUGUCAGACACAAAGCCAAGCCGCACAGUCAUCGGGCGACCUCUCAAGGCAACAGCAGCAGCAGGCGUAUACACAAGACGUGCAGACUGGCUACGAAAGCCGUCGUGUCGCUGGAAUGCCUAGCACCCUCGAUCGCGUCCUCUUCGCAGAAAAUUGUCCAGUACAGUCGAAUGACACCAUAGUCCACCAUGCUACCACGACAGCCGACGGCUCGAAAGAUCCAAGUCACUGGGCCUUGCACAAUGCCAACACUGUUAUGACAGGGUUUGAUGCUUUUAUUCCGAACGGUCCCUCAAAUCUCGAGCACUUUGAUUUGACAGAAUUCCAGCACCAUCCCGAAGACAUCUCAUGGCUUACCAGCCUGCCCUAGUUACAGAUGGG